GAUCUAUUACAUACCCAUUCGGUUUGCUUUGCCUCGCCUCUGUUUUCGCCUCUUUAUUUUAUGCCAUGGUCUUCCUCUGAUACCUCAUUCCACCCACCCCCUCCACACCCCACACCAUUAUGUCUGAUUCUCGCAGACUUUUGGAAGCCGCAAACGCGCUUUCUCAACUUCUCCGUCAGCACUCCAUUGCCCACGCCUUCUAUGGUAGCAUUCUCACUGCUGUGCUCUCUGACAAUCCACGUUGCGAUGAAAUAUUCUGUAUUGUUGAAGGCGGUUCAACACACCCCUUCCGUCGAGUCAGACAAGCCGUUGUGGGGAGUGAGCAGUUCACUACCACACACUCACCAUGGAGCAAUCGCUUGCAUGCUACGUAUCGUCAACUCAUCCCGGCCAUCGAGAUUGAAAUCCUGCCCGCUGGCGAACAUGGACCCCGACGACUGGAUAAUUCCACUAUCAUGCAACUACAAGGCAUUCCCUUUUUGACCUUGUCUGAGUUUGUUCGGGCAAAGCUAAAGGCUUGGACGAUACGCGGCUCAGACCGUGAUGCUCAAGACAUCAUUUACGCACUAUGCCGCUACUGGAAUCGAUUGGAUAUCAAUCGUGUUCCUGAACAAGAUAUGAACCACUUCGUCACUACCCAUCGCACUGCGGCCCUAUCCUGGGCAGCGCUGAAAAGAAAAUAUGGUUUGUGAAAGCGCUGGAGGGCAUGAGUCAGGGUGGGUUCCUAUCGGAUUAAUGCUGAUUGCGAAACGUGUCCAAAGGGGUAGGGACUUUCCACUCAGAAGCGUAGAAUGUUGUAAUGUAUCUUUGGAAUUGCAGAUGCGCAAUUCCACGCGGCUAUGCCGCUGAGUCCAUUCUGGUCUGGGCGACUAUAUCACGGCUACACAAUUUUCAGAGCCUCUGGUUCUCGUAAGACUCGUUGUACAUGAUAUCAUACUAUGAAUCACACAUACGACAUUUGCCCAUGAUUAUGGCUCUGUGGUUCUCGGUAAAUAUAGGGAGUUUCCACUGACGACAGGAGCGUGUCUUCACUAAUGUAGUCAUGAAAUGGCGUUGCUAAUUCAGGGUAGGUAAGGCCUAUGAAGUCCUCGGGGAGCGGUGUAGAUAUUCA